CGUGCACACAGAACUUUGCCCCACAAACUACAAAGAGUCAGCAAAACAAUUUUAGCAGGGUUGUGGGAUGUAGUUAAACACAGAAAGUAUGAUGAAGGAAUUUGGAGUUUGGUGUUCCUGUUGGUCUUUGACUGGAUAUUGCAUGGAGAAAGUAUAAUUGUCCCUCAGGAGAACUUUGAUUUGGACCAGUUCAUGGGGAAGUGGUAUGAAGUGGCAGUUGUUUCUGAUUGUCCUCAUUAUAUGCAAAACAAGCAGAGAAACCCCGUUAUUGUUGCUCUGGACCUCAAACCCUCUGAGCAGGGUAACGUCACUGUAAUGGCCACAGCACCCAGGAAUGGCUCAUGUAAACACACGUCCAUUCAAUAUGCUUUAACUGACACCGCAGGGCAAUUUUUCUACCACGUCUCAAGGUUCAGCGUGGAUGUUGAUGCCUAUGUGGUCCAUAGCGACUAUGACCAGUAUGCCAUGAUGGUCCUGCUGGGCACGGAGAAAGCAUCAAAGAAUAAGACCACUAUCUUCAAACUUUACAAUCGAUCUUUGGAUGUGAGGGAUGCUGUGCUGGAUGACUUCAAGAUGCUGGUCAGAAUAAAUGGAAUGGGGGACGACAUCAUCAUUCAUGAGAACAAAGGUUCUAAUACAUGUUUCUGAAACCAAGCCAAUUAUAUUGUCUCUGAGCUUGUACUCCUAUAGUGCAGUGUUUGUCAUUCGCUAAAAUGAUGUCAUUUUAACUUCAAUCUGAACCCUAAUAAAUGAUUUUAAAACA